AUGGCGGCGGCCGAGGAGGGAGGGGCGGCGGCCGUGGUGGAAGCGGCGUCCUCCGACCGGUUCCGGCAACUGCUGCAGCAGCCGGGAAAGUCUCUUGUGGUGGUUCACUUUUGGGCCCCAUGGGCUCCUCAGUGUGUUCAAAUGAACAAUGUCAUGGCUGAAUUGUCAAAAGAACACCCACGGGUUACAUUCGUGAAACUGGAAGCUGAAGCCGUUCCUGAAGUAUCUGAGAAAUAUGAAAUUACUUCUGUUCCAACAUUCUUGUUUUUUAAGAAUUCCCAAAAGAUCGAUCGGUUAGAUGGCGCUCAUGCCCCUGAGCUGACCAAGAAAGUUCAGCGCCACGCCACCAGCUCAUCUACUCCACCUGGUUCUAACGACGGGGCUAAAGAGGACCUCAACACACGACUCAAGAAACUGAUCAGUGCUGCCCCUUGCAUGUUAUUUAUGAAGGGAACGCCUCAGGAGCCCCGUUGUGGUUUCAGCAGACAAAUAGUGGAGAUUCUUAACAAGAAUAACAUUGUGUUUAGCAGCUUCGAUAUCUUUUCUGAUGAAGAAGUACGUCAAGGACUGAAAAUCUAUUCCAGCUGGCCUACUUAUCCACAGUUAUAUGUGGCUGGAGAACUUAUAGGUGGGCUGGAUAUUGUCAAGGAACUGGAGGCUUCAGGAGAACUGGAUACCAUUUGUCCCAAGGCACACAAAUUGGAGGACAGACUCAAAGUGUUGAUAAAUAAAGCUUCAGUGAUGCUGUUUAUGAAAGGGAAUAAGCAGGCGGCGAAGUGUGGCUUCAGCAAGCAAAUAAUAGAAAUCCUAAACAAUACUGGUGCUGAUUAUGAGACGUUUGAUAUAUUGGAGGAUGAAGAGGUGCGGCAAGGUUUAAAAAAGUAUUCAAACUGGCCAACCUACCCGCAGUUGUACGUGAAAGGUGAACUUGUUGGAGGACUUGAUAUUGUAAAGGAACUGAAUGAAAAUGGAGAAUUGUCAUCUGUUUUGAAAGGAGAAAAUUAAUGCAAAUGGACACAUUAA